CCCUUACUCUAAAGGAGCGAGGAUGCGGCGGCGGCCCCAGUGAGCCGUGCGCUCUGUCCCCGAGGGUCUGUCCCCGCCAAAUGGUGCUCAAGUCUUUGCCGAACCAGGUCGGGGGAAAGAAGGUCGGAGGGGAGGUGCAGACAGGUGCCAGGACCCCGUGCUCCUUUACCCUCCUGCUCCCGCGACGACCCCGCCUCUGAGAGCCAGAAGAAACGCUCCAAGGGAAGCUGCAACUUUCCGGAGUCUCGGGCCCGGGCUUGGCAAACUUCAGCGAGUUCCUGCUCCCGGAGUCCUGCGGACUGCGUGGUGGCCUGCCGCAGGCCUGGUGUCCGAAGAGUGUGAUGGGUGCUUCGGGCUCCUUCCCCAGAUCCGACGGCACCCCCAGACACCGUUUCCUUGCUUGCAGCCUCUCCGGGUCGCGGGCGCGCACACCUUCUCUUGCGGACCGAGUGAGAAUUCGAAUUCGGCGGUUUCACUAGGCGCAGUUGGAGGCGCAGCGGUCAGGGGCUGGUAUUUGGCCAGGGAGGGGAGGGGCGCUUCCUAGGCUCAUUGCCUAGGCCUGGGUUUUAAGGAGAAGGGCGGAGAUCCUUAACUUUUCAUGGAUUCACUACCCUGCGGACACCGCGAGCAGCAAAGUGAUCCAAGAGAGUGACUUGAGAGCUGCGCGUCUCGGAAACUUCUCGCGAAUCCAGAGUCUGUGAAACCUGGUGCCUUCUCUUUUGGAAAUGGAACUUGCUUACCGCUUUCCUUGGUCAGAACAUCCACCAAGAUGGCAGAGGAGAGCAGCAGUACCAGGGACUGUGUGUCCUUCAGCGUGCUCAGCUGGGAUCAGGUCAGCCGGCUGCAUGAGGUCCUGACCGAGGUCGUACCCAUCCACGGACGAGGCAACUUUCCAACCUUGGAGAUAACUCUGAAGGACAUUGUCCAGACGGUCCGCAGCCGGCUGGAGGAAGCAGGCAUCAAAGUGCAGGAUGUCCGGCUAAAUGGCUCUGCAGCUGGCCAUGUGCUGGUCAAAGACAACGGCUUAGGCUGUAAAGACCUGGACCUGAUCUUUCAUGUGGCCCUCCCGACAGAAGCGGAGUUUCAGCUGGUCAGAGACGUGGUGCUGUGUUCCCUCCUGAACUUUCUGCCAGAGGGUGUGAACAAGCUCAAGAUCAGCCCUGUCACUCUGAAGGAGGCAUAUGUGCAGAAGCUGGUGAAGGUGUGCACGGACACGGACCGCUGGAGCCUCAUCUCCCUCUCCAACAAGAAUGGGAGGAAUGUGGAACUCAAGUUCGUCGACUCCAUCCGGCGCCAAUUUGAGUUCAGUGUGGACUCCUUCCAAAUCAUCCUGGAUUCUUUGCUCUUUUUCUAUGACUGCUCCAGUAACCCUAUCUCUGAGCACUUCCACCCUACGGUGAUUGGGGAGAGCAUGUAUGGGGACUUUGAGGAAGCCUUUGAUCACCUACAGAAUAGACUGAUCGCUACCAAGAACCCUGAAGAAAUCAGAGGCGGGGGACUUCUCAAGUACAGCAACCUUCUCGUGCGGGACUUCAGGCCCACGGACCAGGAAGAAAUCAAGACUCUAGAGCGCUACAUGUGCUCCCGGUUUUUCAUUGACUUCCCAGAUAUCCUUGAACAGCAGAGGAAGCUGGAGACCUACCUGCAAAACCACUUUGCUGAGGAAGAGAGAAGCAAGUAUGACUACCUCAUGAUCCUCCGCAGGGUGGUGAACGAGAGCACCGUGUGCCUCAUGGGGCACGAGCGCAGGCAGACCCUCAACCUCAUCUCCCUCCUGGCCCUGCGUGUGCUGGCAGAGCAGAACAUCAUCCCCAACGCCACCAAUGUCACCUGCUACUACCAGCCAGCUCCUUACGUCUCCGAUGGCAACUUCAACAACUACUAUGUUGCCCACCCUCCAGUUACCUACAGCCAGCCCUACCCCACCUGGCUGCCCUGUAACUAACCUGAGAGCCGAGGGCUUCCACAGUGGGAGCCCCAAUAGAACCAGGGCUCUCAGGUAGGGGAGCCUCCUUCUAGAUGUAGGUGUUUGGCUUUUAAAGGGGAACUCAGCUCUGAUUCUGCUUUUUUUUUUUCUUUGUAUACCCAUUGGAAUGGGUCUACAGUAUACCAUGAGCCAACCCUAAAGGACCCAUAGUAAGUGCCACUUUGGAAGAUGCUGUAGGAAGUGUGACCUAUCCACAUCUUUCCAAGAUAGACACACUAAUGUGUCAAGUCCCAAGCAUUAGCACCUGGGGGUUUGAGCUCUGCAAUAAUUGUGAUUGGGAGAGCUUAGGCCGCAUAUGAGAAGUGUUAAGCUGCUUUUCUUCUCACUUCAGCCUGGAGCAGCCUGUGUUGGCCCUCACCUGGGAUUCUCAGCAGUUACAUGGAAGCUGUGCUGAUAAUCUCUCAUAUCAGUUUUAGUCAAGCAAAAAAAUGGUAAACAUGAGGGUGCUCUUGUGACCCAAUUUUUGUUCAAGGGACUAAAUUGCUUAUGAUUAUUCCCUGUCAGCAGAGCUGAGAAUUUCUUUCAUCAAUAAACCAAAGCCAAUAGCUGGAGAAUUGAGAUCUGGUUGGAAGUGGUUUAUGGUUUAGAUGCUGUGUGGAAUUGUGAGAUAUUAUUGAGGAAAAAAUAACUUUUUCUUGAAAUGUAACUUGAAAACAAAAUAAAAUGUGGAAUAUAAUGUUUAAGUAGAAUUGUGGUAGUGGUGGUGGGAGGGAGUGAUUGUAAAUAGGAAAUGUUGAAUGUUCAUUCUUUUUUUCUUUAAUGAAUUCUUAUUGGAUGACACCUUUUUCCCCAUCCUCCUCAGCUCUUUCAUGGUUGACUUUUGUUUUGCUCUUCUUGAGACAGGACCGUGCUGGGUCUAGAGUUAUUAUGGGAACUGACGGGAAGGGUCUUCCCAUGUUUUAAUGGAAACCCAUUUUGGUCACAUUCCAAGUAUGACAAACUUUUUUUCUGGAGUUCUUUGGCUAUUUUUGUUUUGGAAUUUUUUUUGUAUUUGUUUUUGUUUUUUCAAAAAUAGUGAUUUCCUUCUCCAGGCAUUUUUGACAGCAGAUGAAUUCAGGAAUUUCAGUAGAAUCGAGUCAACCUGUGGAACUGCCCUGGCAUCCACCUGCUGUCUCCAUGCUGUGUGUGAAGGUGUGGGUUAGUGUCAAGUCUGGCCUGUUCUCAUUGGAGCUACCAAGGAACUUUGAAGUCAUUCCAGUGUGUUUGGGAAGAGUUGAGUGAAUGGAAAUGAUCUUCCUUAUUCUGGUAGAUUUGACCAUACUUGUUUAUAUUCUGCACUUUAGAAGGAAAACAGUGUUAAUCUCUAGUCAAAAGCAAACUUAGUUAAAUGGAAGACUUCUAGCCACUGUUGCCUUUCCCAGUAGAUUUAGAUAAGAGAUUUUGUGUUUUGAAACUUUUUGCAGGAUCGCUUAGAAAGCAUCACUUUAGGGUAUCACUCAAUAUGCCAACCAGCUUGGUUUCUAAAAUAUGAAAUCCAUGCUUCUGAUUCUUAUUUUCUCCUGUGAUCAUAAAAAAAUCCAAAGCCCUAAGUGAUUGCCUUCUCAUUUUAAUGAUCUCAAUACAGACAUACUUAGUAGAAAAUGAGUGGUUUACCUUUUUCUAAAAAUGUCUUCAGGUGAUGUUUUGGUCCUCUUAAAAGCAGAUCAGACGUGACUGAAACCCAAGGCAUUUGUGUUGUGCUGCAUGGGGUGACAAGCAGUCACUUCUUAAUGGAACCAGCCCCCAUUUCCCUGUGAGCCUUAGGUGUAUUUAUAUUUGCUGGGUUUGAGUCAAGGCUGGUUGUAGGCUGAGGGAAGCCAGAUUGUGUCUGUGUUAGAAGAGGGCCAAUGAAGAGUGAUCCCAACUUUGAAAAUCCUCUGAUCACCCAUGACCUUGAAGAGCUGCCAUUGUGGUCCAAUGGCAACAUAUUUGCACAAAAAUGACAGAUUAGUUUAACCAAGCUUUGAAAUGGGAUGAACUCUCCAACAUAGGCACUUGUUAACACAGAUCAGUAUUUCUUCUUCUACGGAGGCUUGGGGCCAGGGUAAUGAGGCACAAGAUGAGAGUUGGAUCUGCAUCAGGUAAUUACAUUUCAGUUUGUCCUUGGAGAUAUUUCUGCUUAUAUUUUUUUCCUGCCUGAUAAUAGUCCUCCUAUGAGGAUGAAAGGAGGUCUAGAAGUUUCAAGAAAUUCUCAGCCAGCUUUUACCGUUGCACGAUAGCCUUCUUGGUGGAGUAUCUUCACUUGACCUCCAUAGUCAACCCUACUCUUUUUGUCAUUUGUGAAUAGACAUGUGUUCUAAAACUAUCAGGGUAAAAAGCUGCACUGACCAAAGCUGCAGGUCUGUAACACAUCUCUUGGACCAAUGGUGUCUCCUCCUAUUCUAGGAGGCUUUUGCCAGCCUCAAGAAUAGGCUAGGUAACCUUGAACUUCAGGUGUCUAGAAAUUCUAGUUGAAACCUGUCUUUCACAUGGCUCAUACAACCCCCAGGUACCCUGAACUUCUAUUUAGUUCAGUAGCUCUUAUUUUUUGUGUCGAGUAACAUGAAACUUGGCAGUGGCAGAGGACAUUGAAGUUCAAGUGCAAGUUCUAAUCUAAUUUUAAGCAGUCUCUCUUUUGUGUCAUGACUCUGAACUGUUUUCUGAUGCUUUCUGCAAAUAUGCAGCUUAUUUUCCCAGCCUGCUUCUUGAAGUCAGAUGAAACUAGUACCUCUUCCCCUCUGUUGGCAGAAGAGCACACACUAGAUUCCUGGCCUUUGAGCUUCAGUCUGACCUUUAAAUCUUACCUUGGCAGUAAGACACUAUUCCUCACUCAAUAAUUUCAGUGCUGAAGCUAAACUCUAUAUCCCUAACACCUUCAAAUCAGAGUUCCUGAGGACCACGUGUAGGAUGUGGCAUGGCCCACACCCAGGGGGACCUGGCACUGGGGUGAGCUGAGUGGGGAAGAUGAUGCUUAGUUCCUGCUAAAUAGCACAGAUGAGGUCUGGCAUUCUAGUUUGUUUUCAGCUUGACUUUCUUUGGAGAUUGAGCCACAGAGAGCUGUGUGUGAGCCUGUGUUUUGUAGUGAUGCAUUAAUACUUAAAUUGCCUCACUUCUAGCACUAACCCCUUACCUUUGUGAUAGGUUAGGAUUUUAACUAGUAUUGCUUUGUUAACCUUGAGAAAUGGUGCCAGUCAAAAGUAGCUACCAAACUUUAUCAAUCUAGCCUUUCUAGUUAACUUUCUGGUUCUGGUGCCUUGUAUAAGGAUGCACCUUUAUUCUUAGCUCAAAUACCUCUUCCAGAGAGUGCAUUAAAAUAGUUACCCAGUGGUGAGAAGAGAAGCUGAUGCUCACUGGGGCCGUUACUUCCUGGGUGUUCAGGGCUCUACACUAGGGAGGGCCCUUGGGGUGGAUUCUGUAAGCAGAAAGAACUGCCAGUUUCCAAGGUUAAAGUCACAUACUUAAUCUGGCAGAGACUAGAAUUUCACAGCUGACUUUGGAACAUAUUCCAACUCAACCAGUUAAAUCCGUAGGACCAAGGGAGAGGUGCAGGGGAGAGGUGUUUUAAAAGAUUUGGUAACUUUUCAGAAUUAUUUGUAGAGACCUCUAAGGAUCAGGAAGGAAAAAGCUUUUUUUUUUUUUUUUUUUUUUUUUAAUGAGUUCAAGUGCCUGAAUCUUGUUUACCUAUCACUUUUUAAAAAAUAGUUGAAGUGUAAGCUAAAAAAAUGCUUGGAGUUUUGCCUGGGCCAGUGAGAGCUGGUACAAAUUUGUGUGUGUUUCAUAGGAAGGUGAGAUGACUGUCCACCAAAGAGGAAGUAGUUCAAUAAUAUGGCCCAGAGGGUGCUCUUUAAAAAUUCAGGCUAUCUGGGGUUUUUUCUUUAAAUGGGUAAAAACUUAGUGGUAUUAAAAACAUCAAUUUUGGGGUGGCGUCUGUGGCUCAAAAGGGUAGGGCACUGGCCCCGUAUGCCAGAGGUGGCGGGUUCAAACCUGGCCCUGGCAAGAAAAAAAUCAAUUUUUUUCUAAAUUAAUAUAGAUAAAAAGAUACCCAUUAGGCUAAAUUGGAAGCUUUUCUGUUCUAUUUUCACAUAGCCUUUGAAAUAUUUCUUAGCAGGGCCCAGGAUUUGUGGGGUUUCCUCUUUGGUAAUGGUCACGACCCUUCUUACUUGAUGCAGAUGAAAUCACUUGUCAAUGCAAAAUGUGGUAGAACCGGAUGAAUUAAAGCUUUGAGUUUGAGAAAUAAAGGUAUAUUUGAAAUUAAA